AUGAUGGGCUCACUUGUGCCCAUGUCUCAGAACACUGUACGUGUUAAGGCGAUUGACACAACCACGAACCAAGUUGUUGACGCGAGAGCCUUCAUCGAGCCUGUGCACAAAGGGCAAGAAACACUCAACUUGCCCACACUCGCAUUUCUUGUGGAGCAUGAUGGGCUUGGAAAGAGAAUCCUCUUCGACUGCGGGGGUCGUAAAGAUUAUCAGAAUUUCGCCCUCGGCGUGCUGAAGAAGAUGGACGAAAUAUUAUUUUCCAUGAAAGUCGACAAAGACAUCGAUGAGAUUCUAGAAGACGCUGGCAUAGAUCUUAACUCAGUUGACAGCAUGAUAUGGAGUCACUGGCAUUUCGAUCAUCACGGUGCACCGGAGCGGUUCCCCAAAAGCGUCGAGAUUGUGGUUGGACCAGGAUUUAAAGACUUGUUUAUGCCUGGCUUUCCAACUCGUCCCGAUGCCAUCCUUUCAGAUGCCUACUUCGAGUGA